CUUCCAGAAACUAAAUGGUAUGAAACUGAUAAAGCAACAUUCCCUUCUGUCCCACGUACCCCUAAGACUCUGGACCCUGCCCCUCCCAAAGCUGAAGCUAAAGCAAAGGCUUUGAAGGCCAAGAAAGCAGUGCUGAAAGGCGUCCACAGUUAUAAAAAAAAGAUCUGCACGUCACCUACAUUCCGACGGCCCAAGACACUGCAUCUCUGAAGGCAGCCCAAAUAUCCUUGAAAGAGCGCCCCCAGAAGAAACAAGCUUGACCACUAUGCCAUCAUCAAGUUCCCCCUGACUACCAAGUCAGCCAUGAAGAAAAUAGAAGACAACAACACUCUUGUGUUCAUUGUGGAUGUCAAGGCCAACAAGCACCAGAUCAAACAGGCCGUGAAGAAGCUCUAUGACAUUGAUGUGGCCAAGGUCAACACUCUGAUCAGGCCCGAUGGAGAAAAGAAAGCAUAUGUUCAACUGGCUCCUGACUAUGAUGCUUUGGAUGUUGCCAACAAAAUUGGGAUCAUCUAAACUGAGUCCAGCUGGCUAAAUCUAAAUAUAAAUUUUUU